CCAAAAUUUUAGUAUCUCGCGUUUAACAAAACCACAACCUCAACGCGUUCUCAGUCUUACGUUCGCUGUGCUCCAAAUAUCUGCGUCGAUUCCGGGACUUGGCUCCGACAUUGCAGUUACAGGAUCUCUACAUUGAAAAUUUGUUUCACUUUUUAUGUUCUAAACACGGCUUAGGAAACCUGGCAUGGGAGUUGUUACUGUUUCUACCUCAGCUGCUAGGACUCCUCUAAGAUUGAAUACAAAGUUGACCAGCCAUCAGCAGGCACUGAAGCGACCCUUAAUCGUAGCUUUUAAAGGAAAUAAAUCGAAUAAAACAGCUUUGGUUUCACCUCAAGAGCAAAUUCCUCUGCCGGUAGAAACAGCAAAGAAACAGAAACACCAGAAAAGGGUAGGGAAAACUAAUGAGUCACUGAAGAGAGUGAGAGCUGUCACUACUGAUGAAAGCUCCACAUUCACCUUGGAUGUGGACUACAAUGAAGCUGCAGCCAAACUUGAAAACAUAUACAAACUCAGCUCGGUAUCAGAUACUUGUAAUGCAGAAGAUGUAGAUAGUAAAAUCAAGAGAGUGUCGCGGAGGAGGAAGAAGGUUGGUGAUGAACAUGAUGAGGGAAAUGAUGAUAAUGUGGUUAGAAACCAGAAUAAGAAGGCCAAACGGUUGAGCCUUGAUAAGAGGAUUGCAUUGAAAAAGAAUGCAAAGGAGGAGGUAAUUGUUCCAAGUAAGAAGAAAAGAAAUGUUAAGAAUACAAUUGAGAAUAUUGAUGUGCUUAUCAGGGAAUAUUCAGCAUCAACUGAUUUAGUUAGCAUGGACUGGAGAAAAAUGAAAAUUCCGCCAGUUCUUCCUUCUUCAGAACAUGCAUGGUUGUUUAAGUUGAUGCAACCUAUGAAGGCACUCUUCCUAGUGAAAGAAGAUUUACAGGCACUCGGGAAAGAAAUUACAGAUGGGGAACUAGCUGAUGCAACAAACAUGAGCAUUGUUCAAGUAAGGAAAGCUGUAGAGGUUGGUCGAGCUGCCAGAAACAAGCUCAUAAAGCACAAUCUCCGGCUUGUAUUGUUCGUGAUUAACAAAUAUUUUCAAGAUUUUGCAAGUGGCCCAAGGUUUCAAGAUCUUUGUCAGGCAGGAGUUAAAGGACUUAUUAUAGCAAUUGAUCGUUUUGAGCCAAAAAGGAGACUUCAGCUAUCUACAUACAGUUUAUUUUGGAUAAGACAUUCUAUUGUUCGUUCCAUAACCCUCUCAAGCUUCACACGUGUUCCUUUUGGACUUGAAAGGGUUAGAGUAGAUAUUCAAAGAGCAAAACUUGACUUAUCGUUUGAGCUCCAUAGGUCACCAACAGAAGAAGAGAUAGUAGAAAGAAUUGGGAUCUCCCCUGAAAGAUAUCAUGAAGUAAUGAAGGCAUCAAAACCCAUUUUAUCCCUUCAUUCAAGACAUAUAACCACUCAAGAGGAGUUUAUUAAUGGGAUUACUGAUGUCGAUGGUGUUAAUGGUGAUAAUAGGAGGCAACUUGCUGUUCUAAGACUUGCUCUUGAUGAUGUGCUUGAUUCCCUGAAGCCUAAAGAGAGCCUUGUGAUCAGACAAAGAUAUGGACUUGAUGGAAAAGGUGAUAGAACAUUGGGAGAAAUCGCUGGGAACUUGAGUAUUUCCAGGGAAAUGGUAAGGAAGCAUGAAGUCAAGGCUCUCAUGAAGCUCAAGCAUCCUGCACGGUUGGAUUAUCUUCGACGUUAUGUUGUAUAAAUUAACAAAUGUAUAUAUGCUUCUAUUGCUUCAUAGUCCCAUGUUACCUAUAGCCAUAGCCAUGAUUAUUUAAGCAUAGAAAAUCAUAAUCGUUACUCGUGUAAUUUGUAUAUGAUGAUGGACAUAUUUCUCAUAGCCCACCAAAAAACAAAAGCUUAUUUCUCAUGAGAAAUAAUAACCAAAUACAUGUUACAUUACAUGUAAUGUGUUUUUGUUUGUGGAA